UGAUAAACUUAUUAAAUAGAUUUGUAGAAAUUAGUUGUAAAAAUGCCGGCGGCGGAUGUGAACCAAACAUAUGCAACCAAAAUGUCCCAGUUGAAGCAACGUAGAGCUCUAUCUUCUGGCAGGUCAGACACUUCAUCCUACUCGGCUGACUCCCUCAACUUGAACAAUCCUCCGGACAGUGCCAGCUCUAGGGCAUCCACUUUGAGGAGUGAGGCUGGAGAUGACAUGGGGUUAUCUCUGGCACCCAAACAGAAUAACAAUCAAGAUGAGACUUCGGUGAUGCAAAUGGCGGCAGUAGAAGAACAGCUGCGCAGUAUUGCAGAUGAAAAUGGACGACUGAUGAAGUUGGUUGCAGAGAAAGACUACGAGAUUAAGAAGUUGAAGAAGAAAGCAUUGCUAGCUGGACAAGUCCCAGAUGCGACAUCGGAGUUGAUCAGCGCGAAUUCUAUCACCGGUGACGUCACAGCCUCCAAGAUCAUAGAACUGUCGAAGAAGAUCAGAGAAGUCACUUCUGAGCUGCACAAAGAGCAGAACAAGAGCAAACAGUAUUCCAAGCAGAUCUCGGAGAAAGAGGACGAAAUCAGGGUGCUCCACAGUGAGUUGUCGAGUGUGUCUACCCUGAAGAUGGCCUCUGCAGUGGCCAGUGCUAAGAAGAGGGGCGCCAGUGGAGGAGGGGCUAAAGGGGGAGGAGGGGCGAGGGUUCAGAUGACCGAAGAAGAAGUUACACAGCUGAAGGACAGGUUGGACUCAACUACAGCCAAAAUGUUGGAGUACAGGGCCCAGAUGGAGACAGUGAAGAUGGAGUUGAAGAAGACUCAGAAGGCGCUGCAGAGUGAGGUGGGUGAGGGGGUGUCUGUUCACGACAUCAUAUCGGGCAACAAGAGUGGCAGUGGGGCCACGUGGAGGGGCAGACAGCAGAAGAUCAUCGAGCUACAGCAGAAACUGCAGGAGUACAAGGAAUUUGCAGCCAAUAGCGGUUUGAGCUCGAUUUCUAACAAUCAGUCGAACACUUCGAACGUAACCUCAAGAACAAAUGACACAUUAGAAGACGAAAUGAUGUUCGCAAACCCGACUUCAAUCAACCUGAACAACUCCAACAGUCACGUGAACGCGAACAACGAACGAAACAAAGCACAUAUAAAAGUGAUUGAGAAGAAACGACAAGAGGAAAUAGACGAUUUGAGAACCCAAGUCAAAAACUUCGAAUCUGAAAAUACGAGGUUGCAACAGAAUUUAGAUAGCAGCAAAGCUAGAAAUAAAACACUGUCAAAUGAGACGAAGACACUCAAAAACCAAAUUGGAUUGCUGAAAGAGAAAAGCCAACAUGACGAUGAGUUAGUUACUGCUCUUAUGGGUCAAAUUGACGUUUUGAAGGAGGAUUUGAAACGUGCAAUAGAAGCUGAAAAAGAAGCUUCUCAGUUUGCGCCCGGAGGUAAAUUAACUGCGGCACAAGAACAAGUCGAGAAAGCUAUAGUUGAUCAACUUAAGCAUCUAGUUGCAGAAAAAGAAUCCAAAAUCCAGGAGCUGGAAAUGAGGUUGUUAACUAUACAUAUGGGUCAAAACCAGCAGUCGCAGAGUUUUGCCAAUAAUUUUGAACUUGAAAGUGUAAAUUCGAGAAAUACAAGUGCAAGAUCAGAUGUCGGAAAUGUUCCAAUUCAGAUAUCGAAAAACGCAAGUUUGACCUCAAUCUCAAGUCAAGCUAGACCAGGUUCAUCAAGGCGCCCUGAAAGUGCUUUGAAUGGUGCACAUAACACCGAACUUGAGCACAAAUUACAAGAAGUCUCAACACUACUGUCAGCCGCCAGUGUGGAAAAAGAGAAAUUGAGAGAAUUUUGUGCUCUUUUGCAGAAGCGUGUUGAUGAAUCAGUUGAGUAUAAAAUGAAACUUGAAAAAGAGCUUUCGCAUCAUAAGAAGAGAAGUGUGAUGCUUGAAAAACAAGUUGGAGCUGCUAGCGUUUCGACAAAUAAUAGCGUCAGCUUGUCGACAUCGGGUCUUCCGCCAACUGGGAACUCAAAAUCUCGAGGACUUGCUGGUUCGAUGGCUCACAUGAAUGCCAGCUCUGUUUCUUUAAGAGAUAGCAACGCAAACGGUGCUUCAGCUCCAGCUAAUGAUAAUUUAUCCUCGAAAUGCGAAUUGCUACAAGAAGAAAUUGUUAGUUUGAAAUUUAAUUUACAAACGAUAAUGAAAGCGCGAGAUGAAGAUUUUGCUUUGUACAAAAAUAUGAUAGAAGAAACAAAAAAUGUUUUCUUAACAGCUUUGAGACAAUUGAAACAGCCGAGUUCACGGAAUGAAGAUCCGACUAUUGUAAACUUAACGUGAUACAAUUUUUUUGGAAGUUUCGUGAUAUUACAAUCUGACGAUUAAAUUAUAGUCCCAAAUUCUAUCAUGUAUUUUAUCAAGUGCGAUUGUAAAUUGUACAUAUGUUCAUUCAUGUAGAAUAGCUAGUGUAAAUGAUACUUUCAUGUUGCUUU